AAUUUGACAUUGCUUACAUAGUAAGAAAAAGAAAACCAAGUAGCGCUUGUUUUUUUUUUUUUUUUGUCUCUUUCGAGAUUCCGGCCCAAACCAUUGCAUGCAAGUUACAAAGACAAAUGCAAUGAACUAAACCCCCCAACGUAUAUCCUCAGUUCCAGCUAGUACCGCCCUGAUAGCCCACAGAUUCUGCAUUAGUUUCACUUGGGUCGGCCGUCUCGUUCGUGUUAGUUUUAAUAAGACCACAAUUGUUUAUGAGUCUCCACUAUAUAUACAUAUCUUGAAACAGUUGGUAGGAAAAUAUCAAAAGUAAGAAAUAGUAGUACUAGUAAGCAAAUGGCUCCCUUGUUAAUGAGCAGAAACGAGGGGAAAGAAAGGGAGAAGACAUUUGACAAAUUUUUUGAGUCAUGGCUAGCUGAACAGAACCAAGAACUCAAAGACCUUGUUUCCGCCUCGAGAGAUGUAAAUAAAGCUGGCAACAAGAAGCCGCUGGAAGAGAGGGUGUUGGUGCCACUCAUUGAGCGAGUUAUACACCACUAUGAGGAGUAUUAUGUGGAGAAGUCCAAAUAUAGCGAGGAAGAUGUAUUAGGGAUGUUAAAUCCUUCGUGGAGGAGUAAUCUUGAAGGUGCUUUCUUGUGGAUUGGAGGAUGGAGACCUAGCAUGGCCUUUCAUUUGUUAUAUUCAAAAUCAGGGUUGCAACUAGAAGCUCGUCUCUCUGAGUUGAUUAGAGGAAUCAGAACGGGUGACUUAGGGGACCUCAGCCCUAACCAAAUGAGUAAGGUUAAUGAGCUGCAAAAGAAGACUAUAAGGGAGGAAAAAGAUUCGAGUGAGAAUUUAGCCAAGGUUCAAGAAACUGUUGCAGAUACAUCAACAGUGGAGUUAUCCCAUGUUUUGAUGACUGGAGGAUCAGGAUUGGAGGAACAAGUAGAAGCUAAUCUGGCAAGCAAGGAGGAAGGUCUAGUAAUUAUCCUACAAAAGGCAGAUAAUCUAAGGCUUAAUACCCUCAAGGAAAUCCUAGCCAUUUUGACACCAACUCAGGCUCUUCAUUUCUUGAUUGCUGCUGCUGAGCUCCAUUUAAGGCUUCAUGAGUGGGGUAAGAAAAAGGAUGCUAUUGCUGCCGCCCUUCACCACCCUCACCCUUGAUUAAUUACGUCCUUCAAUUGCUUAAAAGAAAGUGUAAUAUCAUUGUAUUGAAUUCUAAGUUCCUAGUUCGUUUUGCUUGUUUGAGCCCUUGGAAAAUCAUAAUAAACAGGUAACGCGUAUAACAUGCCACUUUUCUUCAUUCUGAAGUAACUUGGUAUAGAGGAUGUCCCAGUUUUACACA